AUGAGCGACGAGGCUUAUUCUAUUGAUGUGCUACGUGAUAAGAAGUCACAAAAAUCAUCAUCACAUAACAUUAGUAUGAUGAAAAUCUCACCAAACGGAAAUUAUCUUAUUACUUACAGUAAAAAGGACGAAACAAUCGUCGGGUGGAAUGUAGAAGAUAAAAAUAUAGUUGAUGGAGAGGAUAUAAAGGAGGACCAAUUUAUAACAGGAUAUGAACUACUAUGUAACUUUAUGAAUCAUCAUCAUUGCUUGUUACUUUCUUUAUUUGAUUAUCCUUUGAUUUGGAAUUCUAAAACUAAAUGUCAUGAAGAAUGCUUCAAGAAAAAUAAUCAAUUAAACAAACUUGAUUUCGAGUUAUCGAGCCUACCUUAUGAUUCUGAGUCUAAAAAUUAUAGAUUUGUAAUUAUAAACGGACAUAUUCAGAGGAUUGAAUAUAAGUCUUCUGAAUUAUUUUAUCAGCAAGAUGAUUUUUCAGAAGCAUAUAAAUUAGAUAAAGGUUCUGUUAUAUGGAAAAUUAAAAUUGAAGGAUUAGAGAAACAGAAAUUUAAAAUUGAGGAAACCCUUAAUAAAGAGAUGGAUAUUUAUAUUAUUGAAUAUACAAAAAAAUUUAUUCAAGCGAUAUCUGAUAUUAAAAAAACUGAGAAUAAUCUUAAAAGUCGGAUAGAUAAAUUCGAAGAAUUUAUUAAAAUGAAAAGUUUAACUAAUUUAGGUAUUAAAAUUAGCAAAUCAUUAGCGAAGGAUUUUAUUGAACGACUAACUAUAAUUGAAGAAGAGAAAGAUUAUAGUAAUUGGAACAACAAAAUCGGAAAAUUAAUGAAAGAUUUUACUAAACGAAUAAAUAAGAUAAUGGAAUUAACAGAUCCUAACCAAUUUAAAAUUAAAAUAACAAAAACUCAUGUACAUGUCAAUAAAGGUUUGAUUCAUUUAUUUGGUGCAGAUAAAUAUUUAAGGGAUGAAGAUUACAAUGGACUUAUCAAUAUACUUGCUUACAAAUUAUUAAAGAAUAAAGAAAUUGCUUUAAUAACAAAAAUUGGCUUUUUCAUUUUCCAUUUAAAUAAUGAUGAGGGUUCAAUUUUUUUGAAUUAUUUUUAUCAUAUGUACCAACCGGAGAAAGUUAUCGAAAAUAUCAGUAAAUUACCUGGAUACCCAAAAGUUGAUAAAAUGUAUAGGAAAGAUAUCAGUGAUAAUGAUGAAUUAAUUUAUGGAUGGAUUUCAUAUGUUAAAGAGAAUAAUGAAGAAUUUUUAAAAUAUGGUUCUGCACUAUUAAUGUUUGCGAUUAAAGUACACGAUUCAGAUUUAAUAGAUGGUAUUUAUCAAAGGUGUUUAUAUCUUUUUAAUCGAGAUUUAGAAAGCAAUAAAGGAUUUUUAAGCAUUAUUAAUACAUCAAUGCCAUUAUUGGAAAAGUAUUAUCCAGAAUAUGUUGCAAGAUAUUCAUCAGAUACAUUCAUGAUAAUAGAUUCUCUUGAAUAUAAAAUCGAACAUCUUGAUACUUCACAUCUUUAUCCCUUUUCCAAUAUGGAAAUAGUUGAUUUAACACCAUCUAUUGCUUGGACAAAAUAUACUAUUAAAGUGGAUGACAUGUAUUAUCAUGAUGAAAGGAGAAUAAUUAAGUCGCUAACGAGUUAUAAUCAAGUACUAGAAAAUGGAACCAUUGAACCUAAUUCAUCAUUUGUUCAACGACCAGAUUUGAAUACAAACAUGUUUAUUGAUUACGGUACUUCACUUUUAUCAAUGUAUUUAUAUCUCACAGGCGAUUCGAAUGCUUUAUCUAACUGGGAAUAUAAGAAUAAUCCACAACUUACCAUACUAAUGGUAUUUUUCUCUUUACUAAUUGCUGUGUAUCUUAUGAACUUGUUGAUCGGAUUGCUUAGUAAUGCUAUUGAGGAAGAUAAUAAUAGAGUUUCGUAUUUUGUACAAAAGGCGAAGAUUUUGGCAGAAAUCGAAUUAUUUUACUUAUUUCCAAAUCAGAGACGUAAAAAAACCUGGUUCCCUGACGUAAUAUAUUAUCACGCUGAUGUUGAUGAGACUCGUAGAAAAAUUAAAGAACUAAUUAAAGCUGGUGAAUGGAAUUCCGAUUAA